AUGGGUCUUGUCUUCAGCUCCUUGUGGAACCGCCUCUUUGGCGCCUCGGAGCACAAGAUCGUGAUGGUCGGCCUCGACAACGCUGGGAAAACGACGUUGCUGUACAGGCUUGCGCUGGGCGAGGUGAUCGAGAGCAGUCCGACGGUGGGCUCGAACGUCGAGGAGGUGGCGCACAGAAACGUGCGCUUCCAGGUGUGGGACCUCGGAGGGCAGGAUAAGCUGCGCAAGGUGUGGGCGACGUACUACGUGGGCGCGACGGCGGUCGUGCUCGUCGUCGACUCGAUGGAUCGCACGCGGUUGCCCACGCUCAAACAGGAGCUCGACGCGCUGGUGGGGAGCGAGGCGCUUGCGGGUGCGGUGCUGCUGGUCUUUGCAAACAAGCAGGACCUGGCGGGGGCGAUGACGGCGGUCGAGAUAACCGAGUCGCUGCAGCUGCACGGGAUCAAGGACCACGGCUGGCAGAUACAGGCCUGCUCGGCCACCACGGGCGAGGGGCUCUACGAGGGGCUCGACUGGCUGACACAUGCGCUCAAGAACCCGGCGAGAACAUGAGCAGGGCGGGCUGCACUCGGCCCUGGCGACACCUCUGGCGCAGGUCGCAGAGGUGAGACGGCGCGAUGGACGUGAGAUGUGUCCACGGAGAGGCUCGACGUUGGUAUCCCUAUCCCUGUCCUGACUCCUGAGCGGUCCUGUGCGCUCGCCGUGGGCCUAUUUCUCGGUGUGGCCCCGGGCGCCCUCGCGCCUCGGGCCCCGCCUCCGUCCGUCCGAGGAGAUUGGGCCCGCACUCCGCACCUCUCGUGCAGCUAAGCUUAAAUAUAAAGCGCAGACAGAACA